AUGAUCACCAUCUCAUCCAGCGAGAUCUUCGAAUCACGACCCCGGCUCAGACCCGAUGAUAUUGAAAAAAUUGGUGGAUCCCCCUGUCUCCGCAGUACGAGCCAACUCGAGCUCACCAACAGCUCCUCAAAUGAGCCUAUCAAAGAGAAAUUCAAGGAGCCUCAGCCUUCCACGAGACGGCAACGAUGGAUCGGAAAAUUGAAAGGUGUAGAGACACAGGGCAUCAAACCAGUACCGAUCGAAGAAAGAGAGCCAGUCACCUCCUCGACAUAUUUGCAUAUGAUCCUGCUUUGGUUUGGUAUGAGCUUGUCCAUGAACAAUAUCAUCGUGGGAUCAAUGGGAACUUUGGUUCUCGGACUACGCUUCAAGGAUGCCGCCAUUUGCGUAGUGCUGGGAAACUUGGUCGGAACGAUGACUGUAGGGUACAUGAGUACUUGGGGUCCGAGAAGCGGGAAUCGCACUUUGAUCGUGGCACGAUACUUUAUGGGCUACUAUCCCAGCAAACUCUGUGUCGCACUGAAUAUUCUCACCAACGUUGGCUAUAGCAUGGUCAGCUCGGUGACAGGAGGGCAAAUCUUGUCCCAAAUCUCCGGUGGACAUAUCUCCGACAUAGUUGGUAUUGUUGUCGUGGCCCUCUCGAGCUGGGUGAUGGCCAUGUUUGGAAUGCGCAUCUUUCAAGUCUAUGAACGCUUUGCGUGGCUUCCGCAGUUGAUGGUGAUCUGCAUCAUGCUUGGCUCCGCCGGUCCUCAUUUCGACUUUUCGAUCCAUACACCUGUAUCACUGGACCGACUCAAUGCCAAGCGGGUGACUUUCUUCUCACUCGGUGUCUCUGUCGCCCUCGCGUGGGCACCUUUGGCUGCAGAUUAUUAUGUCUUCUAUCCGCCGCACAUCAAGCGCUGGGCUACACAUUCCGUGACUGUGCUUGGUAGCUCCGCAGCCAUGAUGCUCACCUUGGUUGUGGGGGUUGGAUUGGGUUCCAUGAUGGCAAGCUCGCCCUUCUUUCUCGACACGUAUGGAAGGACUCCGGGAGGCCUGCUGAUGGCGGCCUAUGAUGCGCUGGGAGGAUUCGGUAAAUUCUGCGCUGUGAUCAACGUCCUAUCCCUCGUUGCGAACAACACCCCGGGGGCUUACUCGAUGGGUAUGAACCUUCAGAUGCUGGGAGGCUUCUUUGGACGAGUUCCACAGCCCAUCUUCACCACUCUCGCCACGGUGGUCUACACUGCCUGCGCGAUGGGAGGGCGAAAUUCACUGUAUACAGUCUUCAACUCCUUUCUCCCACUGAUUGGCUACUGGGUGAUGAUUUGGUUGAUCAUCGUCAUUGAAGAGGACCUGUGCUUCCGACGCGCAAAGGGGUAUGAUUGGUCUUGCUGGAAUAUGCCACAGCGUCUACCUCUGGGCAUCGCGGCAGGUGCAGCGUUCCUGGUCGGAUGGUCUGGAGCGAUCCUUGGCAUGCAUCAAAAUUUCUAUAGUGGCCUUCUGGCUCACAUUGCCUCGGGGGCAGAUCUGGGUCUCUGGACUGGGGCUGCAUUUACCGCGGUCAUUUUCCCGCCGCUUCGAGCUUUGGAACGUGCCUACUUGGGACGUUAA